CGCCUCCUUGUUCUGUGACACAGGUUGACAUGGCAUGUAACAAAUGAAAAGUUUGCACUUGUAUUUUGAAAUACCGCUAGGAGUAAUCGCCGUUUUGUGUCAUGUUCAACCGUUCUGACAUCGUUAUGUUCUGAACCGCUUCUUUUUUAAUUUGCUGCUCACCUGUUCAACUGUCUAUAUGAGAAGAUGCUUCUCCGAACAUUGUGGUCCAGACUGGGAGCUCAGCGGCCUCUAGAGACGAAACCAGUCUGCAUCUGUGCCUCGGCCAGCCUCUCCCAGUCUAUCCAACUCCAGAAGUAUGAAUCCAAACCCAGGACUCACUUGGACUUGUCUGGUCCAAGGAUCUUUUCAAAGACCUGUUAUUUAAACGGUCUUCACCAGCAGCAGACGCGUAUAAGACAUGUUCUUCCAGCUUUAGGUGGAUUCAGAAGUUUUAACAGCACUUUGUUUAUUGAGCCUGAAAUACUGAGCAAGUGUAGAAGUGGACAGAAUCGAUUUUAUUCUUCAGACCUUGUGAAGUCAAUGUUGAAAUCAAGUUUAAAACCAGUGACGGUGCCUGGAAAAAGAGCUCCCAAAGGACCGAGAACAAAACAACCUUCUAGAGCCAAUCAGCCUUCUCUGACUGAGGACAAGGAUAUGAUGCAAUGUAUUGCCUUUGCAACAGCAGAUCAGUAUCAUUUGCCAACACUUUGCCACGACUUGAUAAGCCACGGCUUCCAUGAGAUAGAUUUACCAAGAGAUGCCGCAAAUGUGCUGGUGAUAAGCACAGACAAGGCUGCAAAACCAGAUGACAGUGCUCUCAUGUUCUUCUUCAGGGAAGGCUCAGUGGUUUUCUGGAAUGUUGAGGAGAAAACGUUGAAAAGGGUGAUGAGGAUAGUAGAGCAUCAUGAGAUCCAGCCUUAUGAAGUAGCAUUAGUCCACUGGGAAAAUGAGGAGAUUAACUACACUAUUGGAGAAGGAAAUACAAAGCUUGAGCGAGGCAACUUUAUUCUGAGUGAUGAGAUGGAUCAACAAGAAGCUGUUCUGGAGAAAUUUGCAUUUUCAAAUGCACUAUGUUUGUCAGUAAAGCUGGCGAUAUGGGAGGUGUCUUUAGACGACUUUGUAGAGUCAAUUCAAUCAAUUCCAGAGACGCUGAAGUCUGGCAAAAGAGUUAAGUUGUCCUCUGCAGAGGUUAUGCAGAAAAUAGGAGAGCUUUUCACAUUAAGACACUGUAUAAACUUGAGGUCCGACCUGCUUCUCACACCUGAUUUCUACUGGGACCGAGAAAAUCUGGAAAAACUGUAUGAUAAGACCUGCCAGUUCCUCAGCAUCAACCGCAGGGUCAAUGUUGUGAACGAGAAGCUGGAACAUUGCACACAGCUGACAGACCUGAUGAGGAGCCAUCUGAGUGAGAAGCACAGCUUGAGGUUGGAGUGGAUGAUAGUCAUCCUCAUUACUAUAGAGGUGAUGUUUGAACUUGCAAAAAUGAUCUUCUGAACGGCUCCUCCGACAAUGAAAUCUGACUAUACAAAGGUACUCUGUCAAUGAUGUUUUCUACAAGUGGACCGAAACAGUUUUGGGUUUCUUACUGGUCACGUUGUACAGGUCAUAUAUUUCAACAACACACAGUAAAUCUGUCUUUUUUUUAAGUUUCUUUCCUUUUUUGCUGGAGAUGAAAGCUUGAGGGUUUUGUAGUGUUUUGUAUAAAUUCAUUGUUUACUGCAUCUGAAAACAAAGUGCAUCAGUGGGACUUCUUUAACUUUUGGGAUCAACUGACGAUAAUGUUUUGUGUGUUAGAGAAUUGUCAUUUCAUUUUUACAUAAUGUGCAAACUUCUGUGUCUUGUGCAGUGUGGAAGAUACAGAUUUUUUUAAAUGACUCAUUUGGAGCAUAAGAGCAAAGACUCUCACCUCAACAUGUGUCAUUAUUCUAGUGACUAAUCACUAGCAAAAGAAAAAAAGAAAACAAAAUGCAGGAACAUAUCCAAAUUCAUGAAAUCCAGAACUACAGCUGUGAGUGCUGUGUUAUAGAGAAUGUAAUAAAAUGAUUAUUUUAAAUGUUUGCCUGUUAUGUUUCGGUGUUUGCAUGAAAAAUAUCAACUCAUUGUGUAAUUACUAGUUCAGUAGAAUGUCUAAAGCAAACUUGUGACUCUCCUCACCAAAGUUUUCAAUAUACAGGAAGAUUUUCAACACGAGAAUUACUUGAAAUUUACAGGUAUAUAUUUAUUCAAAUAAAAUAAUAUUUUAUUAAUAAAACACAGAUAAAUGUAUAAACACAGGUAACACAGGUCUGUGUCUUGUACUUAGUCAUUAGUUAACAUCACAUAUCAGAUCAGCAAGAAUUUUCUAAUAAAGUCAGUAUUUGUCCAAAGACAACAAACAGCCCAUCAUAACCCAAUUUCUUCUCUCACUCAUACCACACACUGUGAUUACUAAGCUCACAGUAUCACUGAUGCCAUAAACUGAGACCAGAGAUAAAAAGCUAGAAACCAAACAGGUCAAGUAAAGCUGCCAUGAUUGUUUAGGUUUAAGGCUCUGCUGAUUAUAAUUAUAUUAAUGAUAAAUACAUAUGUGAAGAUUAAUUUCAACUUGAAAUCAAAAAUAUAGUGUAAAUUAUUACUUUUUUAAAAAGAGAUGUGCCAUGCUCUCCUCAUGCUCUUUUUUUUCUUUUCAACUUGUCACAGUAGAAAUUCUUGAAGAUUGAAAAUGAGCUCAGUGGCUUAUAUAAGCAUUAAAACAGUCAUUAUGUACAACGUAAUAUACAGUAAUAUUAUAUGGCUGCAGUAUGCUCAGGUCUGCCUGUUUUAACCUGCAUAGAUCCAGUGGGAGUUUAGUAUUUAUGUAAAAUAAUUAAAUAAAUGCUGAAUGACAAAACAGUUGAUGAACAUGAAUUGGUACGUAGGAGUGAAAGCUGUGGAAUAUCUACAUA